AUGGGUAACGACGACAGGAAAAACGACUUGUCAGGGACAAAGACUUGGCGUGAAGUUGCAUCGAAGCUGCCAGCUUCAGCUGGACCGGCAAAUAUCGACUUGUUGCGACCUCUGAAAGAGCGCUUGGAUCGAAACGACCUCGUUGAGGCCAGUCUGGAGGAGAAGGACCGCGCUCAGGAGGCAAUAUGCAACUUUGCAUCCCGUUGCAUCACGCCGUGUCUCGUGGAAGGAGACCACGAUGAAGACGUCGAUGAAGAGCAAGCCCGCCAGUCGCUGAUCGAGAGCUGCCAAAGAGCCUCGGAGGACAGUCUCUCCAUUCUCACAGAAGCCACUAGCUCAUGGCAGGUCAAAAUGCGUGACGAUGAUUUGAUCACGAUCAUUGCCUUUACAGAUGCCCACCAGCCAUGGUCCAGCGAGGCAGCCGCGGCGGAAGCGUUGAAAAUUGCUGAUUCACAGUUCGCAGUUCGCAGCAGGGAUAGCUUUGUUGUCGAUGGGAUCCUGCAGAAUUAUCUACGGCCCCUUUUCUCAAAAUCGAGACCUGCCACGGUCACUGCAUCCGGUAGGAAAGCAGAAUUCCCCGAGGAAGCUGAUCCGCAUCAGGGGCUAGAGAACGAAACACGCAAGAUCAAGCCCUGGAAAUACGGCGAUUUGCGGGCCACGUCGGUAUUUGCCUGGGCCGUGGCGAGCGCUUCCAACGACCUCGUCAGCAAGCAUUGGCCCUUGUUCAUCCCAGUCCUCCUCACACUCCUGGACGACCCCAGUACGCCAGUCAGGGUACAGGGUCUGCAAGCUCUCCAUGGCUUUCUCACCAAAUUACCCCCAAAGAUUCUUCAGGAGACAGGACUUCACACUGUGUUCGAGGAGGCCGUCAUGCCGACCCUGAUGUUCCUGCCCAGUAUCACCCCAGAAGAGGAGUCGCUACAAAUGCUGCCCCUAGCUUAUGCAGCUCUGCUUGACCUCAUACAAUGCUCCAAGGACGCCACUUCCAAGAAUAAGCUCUUCGACAGGAUCUUGCGCGAGGGCGUCUUCGCGGGGUAUUUUCACGCCAAGGACCACGUCAAGAUCGUGCAGGCUUUGCUGGUACAGACAAAGUCGGUCGUCACAGCGAUGGGCUUGCAGGCUGUGAAGCACCUCAAGGUACGACCUGCCUCUUGCCGAGAGAUAUGUCGAGCGAUACAACUGACUCUCGGGAUCUAUAUAGGACCUCAUACCGAUGCUUUCAGAAGUGAUGACGGACCCGUUCGCACUGGCUCUUCCAAGCAGGCUCGUUGCUGCAAACGAAACCCUGCAAGCCAUCCUCACCACGUGUUGGCCAAGGUUGACGCAGGGUCCCUGGCAGAACGAGAUCCUCAAGAUCCUCGUCCUCUGCUGGAUCAAUGUCCUCGAGAGCGAUCUUGCAGUACAGCAACGACAGCAGAUCCAGGAUGGCCUGGUCCGCACUGCCAACAUGCUGACCGCCACCAUGAGGGCCGGUGA